AUGGAUCUCAAGGGACAGCGGUUUGAAAUAGACCUCUCUGACGACGAAAAUGAGAUUGCAUCAACGUCAAGAAUACCAAAUGGUGCGCUACCAUCACUGCCCUUCGUGAGCGACAUCCAAGAGCGCGUUACAGCACCUCCCUCCGCCCCAACUUUGAAGAAAACUCCUACUGGAUUUCCUGAACACAAAAAGAGGACAAGAAUAUCAGCUUUCAAGCAACAGAGAACACAAGCUGCCGCUCCUUCGAGGACACCUGUAGUAUUUGAUAGACCGAAUGGGGGCGAUUUACAGCCAGCAAGGGGGGUUUCCUCGCGUCAAACCGCACAAUCUUUCGACGAUGACGAACGAAAACGGAUCGAUGAGGAGAAUAAGCAGCGGCUUGCAGCCAUGUCAACCACAGAGAUAGAUGAAGAGAGACAGGAGCUUUUGGCCGGAUUGAACCCUUCUUUAAUCGAGCGACUCCUAAAGCGGGCGAAUUUGGACGAAGGGCGAGGUGAUACUGGCAUAGAUCUGCCAAGUCCGACCAAGGCUCUUGAGGGAGGAGAGGACGCAAACUUGGAGAGGGAAUCAAAAAUCACACCUGCACCUAAGCCAGCUGGACGGCUGGUAGAGCCAUCGAAGUCAGUACGGUUCGAAGAGGACGAGGAGACGAAGGAGCCCGAGGCGAGUGGACUGAACUCCAGCAUAGGCCACGAAAACGUACCAGAUGUGCAUUUUCCAUCUGCUCCUCCAGUCGCAGAUCUAGAUCCUUCGGACCCAUCAUUUCUUGAGAAUUUACACAGUAAAUAUUUCCCCGACCUCCCCAACGAUCCCUCGAAAUUGGCUUGGAUGGCCCCCAUACCUACACACGGUUCUAUUGCAGACCAAGAAUCCCCAUAUUACCCAGCACAUGAAGCUUUGCCAGCGUCGGCUUUGCGGUUUGACUUCAGAGGCGGGAUUUUACCCCCACGUAUUUCAAGAGCCAUGCCUAUCACAAAGGGCCUACACCACCAUGGCGAAGCACCAGAAGCUGCCGGAUACACUGUACCCGAACUAGCAAGACUUUCGCGAUCCGCUUACCCUGCUCAGCGUUGUAUCGCCUUUCAGACCCUUGGGAGACUUUUGUACAGGCUGGGUAGAGGAGAGUGGGGAGAUGAGGAUAAUGAAAUAACUAAGGGCUUGUGGAGAUGUGUGGAGGAGGGCAAGAUUGUUCAGACUCUCGAAGAAGCUGCUAGCGCAGAGGGUGGCCACCAGGGAAGUAAAGUGUACGCUGUAGAAGCUGCUUGGUUGUGGCAGAAAGGAGGCGGCAAGCGAUGGAAAGCGAAUUGA